AUGGCUUUGGAGGGCUGGAGCUGCGAGCGCUUGUCCCAAGAAUUCCCUGAUGCGAAAAUGCGUCGGGAGUAUGACUGGGACCAAAACCUGCAAGACUUCAGCAAGAUGAGCUGGACUUCAGCUCAGGAGCAGGGUGAGGAUGCCGACGAACGUUUGCGGCAGGACUCCUCUGCUCCUCCUUUUGCUCCGUUUUAUUGGGGUGUUCGUGAGCAUCAGCAGGGCAACCUUGGAUCCAAAAAAGUCAUGAAGCGCAUCAGAGACCUCAUCACAACUUCGGUCCCAAGCUUCAUGGAUAAGAAGAAUGCGGCGUCAUUGUUUGACAAUGCUGAAUUCUGGAUGGGUGCCAAAGGCACAGGAGCGAGAGCACACAUGGAUUCUCAUUGCAUCAGCACCCUCAGUGUGGUUCUUCACGGAGAGCGUCGGUGGCGAAUUGGUCCAGUCCCACGACUUCCAAAGGGUGCUGGCCGCUCUCCAAAAGGUGAAGUCGUUUUUGAUGAUGGAGUUGCAUAUCAGUUGGGCUGGAAGCCAAUGUUCGAAUUUACGCUCAAAGAGGGUGAAGCAGUUUUGUUUCCACCGGGCUGGAUCCAUGAAACUCUCAAUACGGCUGAAGGCUGCACCAUAGCAUUGACUACCCAGUUUGAUAUUCCGGUGCCUGUGAGGUACUACAGGACGUUCUACAAUCGUCUCAGGAGAGUUGGUGAUCUAAACGCUUGUUGGGAAUGGAUGGUGAAGUGGGCCGGUGGCAAGGUGUCGAAGGAUUUGGCACAGGCCAAGACAAUGGCCCAAGAAAUGUUUUCCAAGACAGGUGCAAAGCUGAAGCAACAGCAAGUGGACUUUUUUGAUUUGAAUGAAGAUGGAAACGUGACGCAAGACGAGUUUGUCAGUACAUUUGUUGCUUGGACUGCCACUGAGCAAGCCAUCAAGAAGGAGAAGCCAAAGAGUUUGCCCAAAUGUGAUAUGGCUUGGGAUGACAAACAGCAGUGCCCUCAGCCUCCAAUUCCUUUGAAGCUUCAACGAAUUAUCAGGGCGAAUGCGAUCCAGUGCAUGAUGCCACUUGCCGAGGCCCCACUUGCCGACGCGGCAACCAUUGCUGCAGCCGUGGCCUUGUUGCAACCACAGAUCGCCGGAGGUGCCGGCUACGGUGCGCUUCGCUCGGCCAGUAUUUCAUCACCCCCAGCUCCAUAUGGCAAGGCGCCCUCAGUCAAUCCAUGUGGGGCAGGGAUUGCAGCACAGGUUGAUGCAAACGCAGCGUUGUCAGCCAUCCCAGGCUUAGACCCAGCGACCCUGGCUGCAAUUGCUGAAGCCUUGGGGAACUUCAGUUCUGCCCCAGCGCAGGCGACUGGGAAUCUUCAAGGUCUUCAGGGCUUGGAUUUGAACCUUGCAGGUGUUGGGCCGGCUCCAAACUCUGGCGGGCUUUUGGGUCCACGGCCGCCCAGGAACCCACCUGGCGUGAUUGGAAGAAGGCCUCGACCAAAAGCAGUGCCUGCUCCUUUACCAGCACUCCGAGAAGAGGACGUGGCAAAUUCAUAUGCUUUGCUGGAGGCAGCUGAGGCUCGCGAUGAGGGGCGGUGUCGAGCGCUUGUCCAGCACCCCAACUUCCGCCACGUGAACCAGAAAACCAAGGAAGGCAGGACGGCACUGCACCUGGUGAUGCUGAAGAAACUUCCAGAGGACCUUUGCUUGGCCAUUGCCAAGCACAAAGACUUCAAUGAGGUGAAUGCAGUGGACACGUUUGGCUACACGCAGCUGAUUCUUGCCGCCUCCAAGGGCAUGUCCCAGGUGUGCAAAGCCAUCCUUGACAGGGAUGACUUCGUAGGUAUCAAUGCCCAGGACAAGUGGGGUGCCACGGCGCUUCAUUGGGCAGCGGACCAGGACUUAGCCGAGGUUUGCGAGAAGAUUUUAUCCCAUCCGGAGUUUGUAGAGGGCAACCGAAGAGCUUGGAGCUUUGCUUUUGAAGACAAGACGGCAUUGGAUGUGGCUUUGAACCAUAUGGAUGAAUCCGGCGCUCGAGAUGUGCUGGGCCUUGCUGAAGCCGAAGCGUACAAUGCUGCAGCCGUCCGCCGUGCAUACCGGCGCAUGGCCCUGCUGUGCCACCCCGACAAGCACCUACACAAGAGUGGGAAGAGUGAAGAGGAUGCCAAGCAACGCUUUCGUGACAUCACAUCAGCCAAGAAUCUCCUUCUGGAGAGGCAGCUUCCUCUGGGCAAGAGUGAAGUGAAGCGCCCACUGAGCGCUCGUGCAGAAGCUUCGUUGAACUAUGAAAAGCUCUCGCUUGUUUAUCAGCCUGAAGUCCCAGAGCCCAUGGUCACUCCAGUGGAGGGCACUGGUGCGUACACAGGCACUGUGAAGUCCUUCAAUGCCCGGGAGCCAUGUGAAUGUUACUAG